AUUUUAUUCUCGUGUUGUGGCUGUUUUGACUAAUUGUUUUUGGCCAUACGUAAAUAAAGUACGGAUUAUUGUCGAUGAAUGCAUUUUAUAGUUUGUUUUCAGUGGUUUUUGAUGGUUGCUAACAACAAUUUCUUUUCCCUCGCAUUUGCUUGUUAACUAUGCAAAAAUAUGAAAAGCUAGAAAAGAUUGGUGAAGGAACAUACGGAACUGUGUUCAAGGCGAAGAAUCGAGAGUCCCAUGAAAUAGUUGCCCUGAAGCGCGUACGUUUGGACGACGAUGAUGAGGGCGUGCCUUCGUCCGCGCUGCGGGAGAUCUGCCUGCUGAAGGAGCUGAAGCACAGGAACAUCGUGCGCCUGUACGACGUGCUGCACAGCGACAAGAAGCUCACGCUCGUGUUCGAGCACUGCGACCAGGACCUCAAGAAGUACUUCGACAGCCUCAACGGCGAGAUCGACCCGGACGUGGUCAAGUCCUUCAUGUACCAGCUCCUGAGAGGCCUUGCGUUCUGCCACAGCCACAAUGUCCUCCACAGGGAUUUGAAACCACAGAAUUUGCUUAUAAAUAAGAACGGGGAGCUGAAGCUGGCGGACUUUGGGCUGGCGCGGGCGUUCGGCAUCCCGGUGAAGUGCUACUCUGCGGAGGUGGUGACGCUCUGGUACCGACCCCCGGACGUUCUGUUCGGUGCCAAGCUCUACACCACCUCCAUCGACAUGUGGUCGGCCGGCUGCAUCUUCGCGGAGCUGGCGAACGCUGGGCGGCCGCUGUUCCCCGGCUCAGACGUGGACGACCAGCUGAAGCGCAUCUUCAAGCUGCUGGGCACGCCUACCGAGGAGACGUGGCCCGGCGUGGGCCAGCUGCCCGACUACAAGCCCUUCCCCGUCUACCACCCCAGCGCGGGCUUCGGCCAGGUGGUGCCCAAGCUGGGUUCCAAGGGCCGCGACCUCCUGCAGCGACUGCUGGUGUGCAACCCCGCUCUGCGGAUGGCAGCUGAGGAGUCCAUGGUGCACCCCUACUUCAGCGACGUCAGUUCGUCCAUCAAGAGCGACCGCUCCCUGUGAGAGCGCCGCCACGCAGUUGCCGACGAUCUGACAUUCCCGGCGCCGCUCACUUGACGGGGGGAGGGGAGGUUUGCCGCCCCAAUCGCGAGACGUAACCUUUUAUUUUGUAGCUCCAUCCUCUCCCUUGCUACACACGUGUUUGUUCUCAUUGCAGUGGUACUCUCUCUGGAACGCUCGCGAAGCCAAGUCAUGUUUCUGUGGGCCUUUGGAGGAUGAUUGUGUGGCGAAUUUACACGAUUCACCAUGUGUGAUGUUAAAAUUGAAUGUGUGUAUUUAUUUAGUUUAGAAAGUCAGGGUUUUUUCUGAAGUGAAACGUCUUUGGGCGCGAUGGGAGUAGAAUUUUAAGGCCGAAUAUUAAUGCAACCGUUUUCGCGAAACAUUUGUUUGCGAAAAUGACAGAAUAGGUUGCAAACGGUGCAGAGAACUUGGCUCCACAUGGUGGCCUGGGGCUCAGGUUGAACCCUGCCAUGUUGCAGGGACAGGCGGGUCACGGCGGUAGGGACCCGCUUGUGCCCGACUUCAUCUGACUUGCUGGCAUCUAGUAAGGGAGUGUUUGGGCAGAGAGAAACACGAGGUUUUGAACUUAUUGUUGUGCACCGUACCAUGGGCCAUAUUCACAGGAAAGAUGUGUUCUCUCAAGUUCGUGUUAUUUUAAUUACUUAUGUAAAUCAGUAUUGUUAAAUGAGUACACCUAUCCCUCACUUAGCACGUCUUCAGAUUGCGCGAUGUUAAUUUUACUGCCCCAGUCUUGAAUAGCACGUCUGUAAAUUUCAGUCAACAUGAAAUCUCCGCAGGCAAAAUUUGUCGGGCACUACGCCACGAAGUUUGUUUCAACUUCUGUAAACAACAGAUGUGCUGUGGGAUGCAGUUAGCCAAACAAGGGGGGAAGAGAUGCGAGCGCAGGUCUGACUACGCUAUCGGCUAUUGUACAAACAUCAGCUAUGGCAAGUUCAAUUGCGGCUUUGGAGUGAAAGGACUAAAUGUUUUUACGUCCACGCAUAUGCAACCGUGCCGUAUCGUUGUCGCCUGGCCAAAGACCGGGCCGUGAACUCAGUCUAGCCUGUGGCAGGGAAUUCACUCAAACAAAAGCAACGUCUACCCGUUCAGCUGCCGGUAACUGUACAUGCUUGAUCACUCAUAAUGCAUCUUGUUCAAGUAUUUGAGACAAAACUAGAAGUAUUACGGCACGCAGAUUUUCAUGAAGGCCAUGCUUUGUUGGUUGUACUUUAGUUUUAAGCAAGUCAACUGUGCGCACAAUCGUAUGAAAUAAGGACUCUUAUCAAAAGUUUAUAUGUCUGAUGCUGUUGGUUAUACUAGCAGGAAUAUAUUUGACAUUAGAUACCGGAACUGAAAUGAACAGAUGAUUCACAUGUAAAAAGUUGUUAAAUGAAUGUUGCAAUGAAAAAAUAAUCAUUGGCCUGACAGAAUUGGUGUGAACCAGGUGGUGGUACGCGAAUAAGCACUUUAUUUUUGAAAAAUUAAAAUGUAACUAUCCGGACAGUAAUAUCAGUUUCACUGUUAGUAAAGGAUGGUUUGGAAAGGUACACGACGUGAGUUAUAGGUCACACCCGGGCGGGCAAUUCAGCCAGCCGGCUGACGGUCUGACGAUAAAGUACAUAACCAAAUACAGUAGAACCCCGAUUUAACGAAGUGCUACGGUUACCGAAAAGGUUUACUCUAAAUCGAUGUUUCGUUAAAUACGAUUUAUCGAUUUUCAAUGACCCCCGCACUCAUAAUUGCGUCCCUACGUUUCCAUAUCGUAAACAGGGUCGACGCUGAUCUUGUGCUGCCGUGCUAUCUCAGACUUCGUCAACUUUCCAUCUUCAACGUUUUUGAUCUCGCUCGUACGGCCCCCGGUUCGUACGUACACCUCGGUCGUACAUACAGAUUUUCAGAAACCGUGAAAAAUGAGGCAUUAAAAAAAAAAAAAAGGUUAAUAAUAUGAAAAGUAGUGGUGCACCGAUGCGGAUACCGAUGAAUCGUAAUCGGCGAUUAUCUUAACGAUUACUUUGCCGAUUAUUUACGUCCCGGCGUAAUUAAGUAGGUUUUUACCGUAAUAUUUAUAUAUAUUACAAAAUUCAUGUAACUCCGUCAUAUCAUAAUUGCAGAUAUUUCGUUAAGUUUAAUAAAUCUCAUUGCCUCGAACAAUAAAAAAUACAUUUUUCCUGCACGUUUAUUUACGUUUCGUCUUUUGUUUGUUUAGUGGCCUUGUUCAUUACCUAUAGCCAGAGACGUAAAAUAGAUGGCACGCAAUCAAAAUACCACAAACAGUUGCAGUGGAUUCUAUGACAAUCGAUCUUUUCGAGUCGUAGUAGCAGUUCAAAAUCGUGGUCCCGAUACCUUCUAGAGUUUAUCACUGCAUUUUACCAGCUAGGUCAUUUUACCAACUCGUUAUAGGCGUCUUUGGUAACAUUAUCCGUUGUUGUGUUAUUUGUAUGUGACGUGAAAAGUGAAAAAGUAUUUAUAAUUUUAUAUAUUCAGUCAACAUAAAUAAAAUAACAUGUGCUAGAAUUGGUUUUUAGUCAUUUUUAUAUAAUUAUAGUGAGAUGGCAAGUAGGGAGAAAAAAAGUGAAGUGUGGAAACAUUUUUCUAUAAACUCAAGUAAACAAAAUAAAGCAGCAUGUUUACAUUGUUAAACGGUAAUUUCUUGAUGCAACCUUAUGUGAUAGUCGAUAAUAAUCCUAGUUUUCCGCAACAAAAACUUACCCAUUGUAAAUUACAAUUAUUAGACUGUAGUUCAAGUUGUUUACAAUAACAGAUAUUUAAAUAGAAGUUAAUUUAAUUUACACUUUGCAAAGACUUAAUAGUGUAUUCUAUAUAUUUUUAUACUGUUAUUAUAACUGUAUUCUCAAUUUUACCUAAUCUUGUUAUUAAAUUCACAUGGGAAUAAAAAUUUUUGUGUGCAUUAUUACACUUAAAAAAAUUUGUUCAUUAUAAUCGGUAACUGAAUCGGUAUCUGCCGAUUAUUGCUCUCAUAAUCGGUAAUCGAAUCGGUAAUCGGUAAAGUCAUAUUGGUGCACCACUAAUGAAAAGUGUAAGAAAUACGUUAAAGUUUAUUAAAAUACAGUCGCAACCUGCAGCAUUUAUAACAAAUACGAGCUACAUACACAUUGCGUCACAGUAAAAAAUAAAAAAUGGCCACAAAUUGAUGUAAAUUUACUGUCAAUAGCGCGCCGUACGCGGAAAAGGUCAUUGUACUCGGUCAGCUGCUGGUACGGCGCGGCGUAGCCGCCGGCUGGCUCUCUUUGUUCGCUGAGCUGCGCAGCACUUAUAAAAAACGUAUUCCAAAAACUAAACACCGUGCACAAAGCUCUUACUGAGAAUAACAGAGCUGUAGGAAACCGUAUGUAUUUGGUACUGAGUAACGGGUGCGCCAUCUAGUAACGAGUAACGAAACGUUACACACGGCUGCAUCUCGUUACUCGCAUUUUUCGUAUGUUUUACGCAUGCACGCGCGUAUACGAUGUAUUUACGUUACAAAGAACGAUGUUUGUUUAUUAAAGGAAUUGUGUGUAGAAAAAGUUUGAGAUUGGAACAGAAACAACGUAACAAAGUAUUGUUUACAAAUUAGAAAUAUGUUAUUAUGUUUUUUAUUGUCGCGUAUUUUCACGUUUUUUUGUUCUUAUCUUAAAAGAGAUAAUAUAAAAAAGCCGCUUUAAUGAGAUUUAAUUGUUUUUGGUUAACAAAAACUGUUAAUUAUGAAAUAUUGUUAAUUUUUUAUAUUCUAUUUAUUAUUAUUUAUGCGACGUCAUACUGUUUGCGUACACAAUACGACUCGAUUCAUUGCUGCAACAUAACAUAGCAUGUUAUGCGGUAUCAGUAGUAACGAGUAACGUAACGAUACGAUAGUAUCGAUUACUAAUUGUUAUAGUAACGAAUACAUACGGGUACACUUUUUUUUCGUUACUUUUACACCUCUAUAAGAAUAAUGAUAAUGGCGUAUUGGUGUGACGUUGUCACAAGUUGAAAAAACCUGGAGGAUGGGAAAGGGAAUAUUUGGAAACGUGAGAUUAUUGCCUAGCACUGUUACUAUGCGGGCGUGAGUGGAAGAUAACGUGGUGAGUCAAGCGAGGAAUUGAGGAGGGGGAGGGGGAUGCGGACAAAGAAACCCUUCAUGACGUCAUGUGUCGCGGACAGUCUAUCUAUCCAGGCGCGCGCAAUGGCACGCACCUACGCAAUUCAGUUACAGCGCCCGGAGUUUUUAAGCAAUUUGAACUAUUUAUUUUUAUUUUUUUUGUGUUUGGACAGAUGAUGCAAAGUCACAUAUUAAUAUAUAGUACCUCCAUUCUAUUACUGACACCACAGAGUGUAUUUCUUAAUAAUAUUCCAUUACAAUUUACUUUCAUUUUUUUGGAAAUCUAUAUUAAUAUUUUAAUAAAUUGGUGUUUUUUGAUGGUUCCUGAAAACCUUUACGUUAAAUCGCUGUUUUCGUUAAAUCCGUGUUCGCAAAAUCGGGGUUCUACUGUAGCUCCCGUUAUGCGGUGUCACAUUUGUCAUACAAAGUGCGAUGGAAGGCAUAUAAAGUUUAAUAGUUUGACAUAUUUAUAGUUGAGUGUUAUUCUAUGCCUUUAUAUUACGUAAAGUAUAUUUUCUUACACAGUUUUGGAACACAUUAAAUAAAUUAGCCUUGCUAUUUAUGGAAACUAAUGCUUCAGAAUACGUGAUUUUGAAUAACACAAGCAUUUUUAGGAACGAAUUACGUAGUCGUGCUAAAAGAGGGAUAGGUGUAUUGUUUUAGCCGUCUAACUAAAUAUCUUUUGCUGGUAUAUUGCUUUUAAUGCUUUAGUUUGACAGGGUAAUUAUUUAUCACGAAUUAUUUGAUUAACUAAAUCACACACUGUAUUAUAAUUAUGAGCCCACGAGUGUGUAAACGUGUUAAGCCGAACUAAUAAUAUGAUAGUUUAGUGCCAUUUAUUUUUCGCGUUGCGGAGCAGCUGACAUGUUGUCAUUGUUCAUUCAUUGAACUGCAGAACAUUAUGCCUAAAAAUGUAUUGUAAUAUGUCUAUGUAGCCUAUUGCCAUAAUAUGUUGAUCCAUUAACUCGAUGCUAAGGUGAUAUUUGCAGAACUACAAAAUCAGUUUAGAAGAAUGCUCGAUCACAUCUAACCUAUACCUAAUAUAAAAUUAAAAACUCAUUUAUUAAUAUCAAUCCCAGGUUUGAUAUUAACUAAACAAAUUUUCCUUAUGCUGUACUUCAGCAGUGAGUAAUAUGUAUUUAUUUUAAUACUAAGCUGUUAUUUUUGAGUAAUAAUUUAAAUUCAUGUUUAUUAAUAUUUAUAUUUUAAUAAAGUUUGUAAUACAAGAAAAAGUUAGGAUUCUUAAAUUAUUGGAAAAAAAAAAAAAGUGAAAGCGAAAAACCUAGUCGCUGUGUUAUCUUGUUUAGAAAAUUCUCUUUCUUUUUCUCUCUCUGCCGGUUCACCUAAGAGUCGAGAUUUGAAAUGCCAAAGAAGUUUCACUUCUCUCACAUGUACUGAGUGACAUUCUCUCUUAUUUUUAUACCUUUUCACUCGCAGGAAGAAAUCUAGGGUGAAUAUUUGGUUGUGCCGUGGUAACGGGUAGCAACAGAUUCAUAAGCAGUGUAUCAAAAAUUUAACGGUUCUUUAGGCUUGUCUAUGCAUCAGUUUGUGUUUUUUUCAGUUGUGAGUCUAUUUUAUACAUGUAAAGCUAAAUGGCUAAAAUGUUUGCCGUUUAUCAAUCUUGCGGUUUGCUUCAUAAAGGAUGUUAUGUGGAAAUUUUAUUACUAAAAAAUUUAGCUGUGCUUGCAAUACGAAAUCGUGAGUUGAAAAAAAAUGCAGUUGGAAUGAUUUUUAAUUUAUUCAGCAUUUUGGAUAUCCUUGGUCUGUAAUCUGCUCCAUCAGUAAACUGAGUUUUUUAUA